GCUUCAUGUACAUUGGAUGGAUGUGUAAAGGUUUACACUUCACGCGUUGAUUCUAUAGAAACAGAAACAGGAAAACUUUUAAGUGGAUUGUUAAAUAGCUCCAAAAAUAACGAUGAGAACGAUCGAGAUGAUGAUUUUGAUCUCGAAAGGCGUACUCGCAAAAAGGAAUUCUCGGUUGAUCCACUUUUUACAAGAACUUCAGCAGACUUUGAUGAAGGUGGCGCUCGAGUCGAUAGGGACUGCAAAAUCAUCUUCGAUGCUAGUGACGCCAUACUUUAUGAAAUCGGCAAUGAUAAGUUGACUACAGAAGAUUAUAACCAACCAAAAAUUGACAUUACCAAACAUCGUUGUGGGAGACAACAAUCUAGGCUUGAUUAUGAUGAUGAUGAUGGAAUUGAUAGGGAAGAUGUUGAAUUUAAUAGAAAUGACGACGAUGAAGGAGUUGAUAGAAACGACCAUGAUGAAGGGUUAAAUAGAGAUCAUGAUGAUGAAGGUGUUGGUAAUAAUUAUGAUGUUUCGGGAGUAUUCGAUGAAGACGACAUUAAUCCACAUACGCGAUUGACGGAAAAGGAUUUUGUCAUGGCUAUGGUCAAUAAUAAAAACGAAUUGUUUUCUUAUUUGAUUCUGCGUUUUUACGUAACUGGGCAGGUCUUGAACAUUGGAAGUUAA